UCGGAGCGCGCCGCACCCGGAAGAGACGUGGCAGCGGAGGGAUAAUCGGAGCGGCCCUGGGUAGAGAGAGCAGAGCUCGGCUGAGCGCGGGGUCUGUCCUUUCGCGCCUCGGACCAGCGCUCGCGCCCGUCGGGACCCGUGUGGCGGCCGUUCGGGUCGAAUAUGGGACUUUGCAAGUGCCCCAAGAGGAAGGUGACCAAUUUGUUCUGUUUCGAACACCGGGUCAACGUCUGCGAGCAUUGCCUGGUAGCCAAUCACGCCAAGUGCAUCGUCCAGUCCUAUCUGCAGUGGCUCCAAGAUAGCGACUACAAUCCAAACUGCUGCCUGUGCAACACGCCGUUGGCCAACCGGGAGACGACCCGCCUCGUCUGUUAUGAUCUCUUUCACUGGGCCUGCCUCAAUGAACGUGCCGCCCAGCUACCCCGAAACACAGCGCCUGCUGGUUACCAGUGCCCCAGCUGCAGUGCUCCAAUCUUCCCCCCAACCAACCUGGCUGGCCCUGUGGCUUCUGCACUGAGAGAGAAGCUGGCCACAGUCAACUGGGCCCGGGCAGGACUGGGCCUUCCUCUGAUUGAUGAAGUGGUGAGCCCGGAACCCGAGCCCGUCAAUACCUCUGACUUCUCUGACUGGUCUAGUUUUAACGCCAGUGGUGCUCCUGAGCGAGAGGAGCUGACCAGCGCUUCUGCCGCCCCAGCCUUCUACAGCCAAGCCCCCCGGCCCCCAGCCUCCCCGGGCCGGCCCGAGCAGCACACGGUGAUCCACAUGGGCAGCACUGAGCCCUUGACUCAUGCCUCAGCCCCGAGGAAGGUGUACGACACGCGGGAUGACGAGCGCUCGCCAGGCCUCCACGGCGAUUGCGAUGAUGACAAGUACCGUCGCCGGCCUGCCCUGGGCUGGCUGGCCCAGCUGCUCAGGAGCCGGGCCGGGUCUCGUAAGCGGCCGCUGACCCUGCUCCAGCGGGCGGGGCUGCUCCUGCUCCUGGGGCUUCUGGGCUUCCUGGCUCUCCUCGCCCUCAUGUCUCGCCUGGGCCGAGCCGCCGCUGACAGCGAUCCCAACUUGGACCCGCUCAUGAACCCUCACAUCCGUGUGGGUCCCUCCUGAGCCCUUUCCUGGAGCUGGGCCAGCCUAGGACUUGGGGGCCUGAGGUGGGGAGGUCUGGGGGCUUUUUUUUUUUUUUUUCUUU